AUGAUUGUGAUGGAUUGUCGUUCCUUGCAGUGGUUACAAAACAAUCAGUCAAGAUUACCGAUGUUCGGCGUUGGUGUGCACUUCAACGAAAUGGAGUCAGCGAGAUUCAUGCGAAAGCUGGUUAUCGAAGGAUACAUUUGUGAGAAACUCUACAAUACUGCCUACGAUUCAACAGUUGCCUAUACGGAAUUGACGAGGAAAGGUCUAGAUCUGGCGUGUGGAAGAAUUCGACCGAAGGUAAUUGUUCUUAUCAUUAGAGUGGUUGUUCGCUUGUUGUUGUUAUUAUCGGUUACAGUGGUUUGGUUAGUAAUGUCAUUAUCAUUAUUGUCAUUAAUUUUACCGUUCUGA